AUGACUUUUGUCGACGGAUUCUAUCUCAUCGACGAGACUGGCUCGUUGACGACCACACAGUUCCGAGACGUCGAGGACCGACUGACGGUACGGCUUGACUGCACCAUGAACCGACCAGAGCGAGCAGUUGUAAUGCUGACGGUCUCUGGCGGAACACAGUCUCAUCUAGUCAGUGCACCGGGGAGACCCGACUUUCACGGCACAAUCGCACCCGAUGCCGUCCUCGACUACGGCGCCAAGGGUGUCGCACUGGGCACCAUUCAGUUCGGGCGCAACGCCAUGCUCAUGGAAGUACCUCCGCCGCUCCAGCAUGACAUCUGGCAGCAGAAGUUCAUAGGCAGUGAUGGCAUGGAAUUCAGUGCACCGGGGAGACCCGACUUUCACGGCACAAUCGCACCCGAUGCCGUCCUCGACUACGGCGCCAAGGGUGUCGCACUGGGCACCAUUCAGUUCGGGCGCAAUGCCAUGCUCAUGGACAAGUACCUCCGCCGCUCCAGCAUGACAUCUGGCAGCAGAAAGUUCAUAGGCAGUGAUGGCAUGGAAUACAAAUGGCAGUCCACGAGAUGGGUGCGAUUGUUGACUAAUGCUGCGGGCUAUCAUGUUGCCGAUUACACCUUGUCCGAUGUUCUCAUCCCCGGCGACGCACCUCGUGCUUGA